CCCCUCAAGGCCUCCAUGGCGCCACAUCCGGCCCAGAACGGAAGCCGCCUAGGCCCGGCCGCUCUGCCCUCACGAGCGCCGCCGCCGCGGGGCGUGCCGGGAAAAGGGGCCGGUCGCCAUGGAGACGGGCGCGGCCUAGCCCGGCCUAGCGAGGCAACUUCUCUCCCGCUAUACUCUACGAGCCGAAGCCGCUUCUUCCAAGCCGGAGGAAGAGACGGAGGGAGGCAUGGCUGUUCCCGGGAAGGAUCCGGUCGGCGUCGCGGGCCUGCAAGUGCUGCUCGUCCUGUUCCACCUGGGCAGCGGAGGCGAAGGCGGCGGCGCCUGGGACCCGUCUGGAUACUUACUCUACUGCCCCUGCAUGGAUUUGGGAACCAAGCAGACCAUUUUCUGGGUUCUUUGGCGUUUGCUAAAAUGGUGAAUCGGACCUUAGCUGUGCCCCCCUGGAUUGAGUACCGGUAUCACAGGCCUCCUUACACAAAUCAGCACGUUCCCUACAAAGAAUACUUCAAGCUGGCGCCUCUCCUGGAGUACCACCGGGUCAUCACUUUGGAGGAAUUUAUGGAAAAGUUGGCACCCAUCCACUGGCCUCCUGGGAAACGAGUGGCAUACUGCUUUGAAGCAGCAGCUCAGAGGAGUGCUGACAAAAGGACUUGCCCCAUGAAGGAUGGAAACCCCUUUGGCCCCUUUUGGGAUCAGUUUGCUGUGGAUUUCGAUAGGUCGGAGCUGUUUGGAGGCCUCUCCUUCAGUGCCUCUUACAAGGACCACUGGAUUCGAAGGUUUCCCUCCUCUGAACAUCCUGUUGUUGCUCUUCCGGGGGCACCAGCCCAGUUUCCAGUUCUGGAAGAGUACCGGUCCCUGCAUCAGUACAUGGUAUGGUCUGAUGAGAUGGUGAACAAAGGCGAGUCCUAUAUUAAUUCAUUCCUGGUCAGACCCUACGUGGGAAUCCAUUUGCGUGUCGGUUCAGACUGGAAAAAUGCAUGCAAUAUGUUGAAAGACGGCACCGCUGGGUCUCAUUUAAUGGCUUCGCCACAGUGUGUGGGCUAUGAUCGGAACACUGCUGCACCCCUUACCAUGGAUAUGUGUCUGCCAGGCCUGAAGGAGAUAAAACGAGCACUAAGACUCUGGGUGAAGAAGACAGAUGCAAAAGCUGUGUACAUCGCCAGUGACUCUGAACCUUAUACGAGGGAAAUACAGCAGCUUUUUAAACAAAAGAUAAAAGUGGUGUACCUUCAGCCUGAAGUGCCCCAGGUAGAUUUGUACAUUCUCAGCAAGUCUGACCAUUUCAUUGGAAACUGUGUUUCUUCCUUUACUGCCUUUGUGAAACGAGAACGCGAUGUGCAUGGGAGACCCUCGUCCUUUUUUGGCAUGGACCACCCACCCACAUCGAAGGACGAAUUGUAGCCCCUAGAGGAAGAGAUGCCUUUGGACCCACUAUUUACAUACAGUUCUCAUAAAUGCAAGCUCUCUCUCAAAGCAAACACUGGAUAUAUCUCGAUUCUGCAGGUUCAUCCCACAUGGCAUUCCUUGAAUAUUACUAGAAUGUGACCUGAAAGGAGAAGAGGAUUACUUCCAGGAAACAUUCCCUUCUCCCACGGUUGUGGUUCAAAUCAGCCAAUCCACUCUGUUCAUCUCUUCCCCUUUCUGCGCUGCCUUGCUACCUCUUCUGGAAUUAAUGGCUCGUCUGGUGCUUCCUUAAUGGACAGUAUUCUCAAGACAGCUUAAUCACUGACAAGAAAUGUUCUGACAUUAAGAACUGGGAAUAGGCAGAUACAUUCUCAGUUCUGCAACUGACUGACAUUUGCCUUGUGUGCUUUUGUUUUCUGAGCUGCCAAAUGGAUUUAAUUCCCAUUCCCCCUUGCUGGGAGUGGGCAGACUAUAAGCAAAUGAUUUUGCUAUCAGCUGUGACACGUUAUGGGACUUUCAGAUGAGUUUUAGUCCUAAAAACACUGGUGUCCUUUGGACCAGCAGUUCUGUUUGCGGCAAUU